CAGACCCGGCCGGCCCGCUGUGACCACUUGCUCCUGGGCCGCCGUCCCUCCCGCCUCGGGCCACGGGCAUGCGGGCGCCUGGCACGGCCAGGGACUCGCAGCUGUUCCAGUCGCGGACUUUCUGAGCCACGUCUUAGCCCAGAAUGCAGGCUGACAAAUGUAGGACAAGUAGCAGAAGCAUCAAGAAGGAGCUGGUGAUCGAGUCCCCGCUGCAGUACAAGGAUGCAGCGCAGGGAGAGGUGGAAGCAGAGAGCCCAGCGGUGCAGGUGCUGGCCAAGCCAAAGCUGAUCGAACCACUGGAUUAUGAAAAUGUCAUCGUUCAGAAGAAGACACAGAUCCUCAAUGACGGUUUAAGGGAGAUGCUGCUCUUCCCUUACGAUGACUUUCAGACGGCCAUCCUGAGGAGGCAGGGCCGCUACAGAUGCUCCACGGUCCCCGCGAAGGCUCAGGAGGAGGCGCAGAGCUUGUUUGUUACAGAGUGCAUCAAAACCUACAACUCUGACUGGCAUCUUGUCAACUACAAAUAUGAAGAUUAUUCAGAGGAAUUUCGCCAGCUUCCCAACAAAGUGGUCAAGUUGGAUAAACUUCCAGUUCAUGUCUAUGAAGUGGAUGAGGAGGUCGACAAAGACGAGGAUGCUGCCUCCCUGGGCUCGCAGAAGGGCGGCAUCACGAAGCAUGGGUGGCUUUACAAAGGCAACAUGAACAGCGCAAUAAGCGUGACCAUGAGGUCGUUUAAAAGACGGUUCUUCCACCUCAUACAACUUGGUGAUGGAUCCUACAAUUUGAAUUUUUACAAAGAUGAAAAGAUCUCCAAGGAGCCGAAAGGAUCAAUAUUUCUGGAUUCCUGUAUGGGUGUGGUUCAGAACAACAAAGUCAGGCGUUUUGCUUUUGAGCUCAAGAUGCAGGAUAAAAGUAGUUAUCUUUUCGCGGCAGACAGUGAAGUGGAAAUGGAAGAGUGGAUCACGAUUCUAAACAAGAUUCUCCAACUCAACUUUGAAGCUGCCAUGCAAGAGAAGCGCAAUGGAGACUCACAUGAAGAUGAUGAACAAAGCAAAUUGGAAGGUUCCGGUUCCGGUUUAGAUAGCUACCUGCCCGAACUUGCCAAGAGCACCAGAGAAGCAGAGAUCAAGCUGAAGAGUGAAAGCAGAGUUAAGCUUUUUUACUUGGACCCAGAUACCCAGAAGCUUGACUUCUCAUCAGCUGAGCCAGAAGUGAAGCCAUUCGAAGAGAAGUUUGGAAAAAGAAUUCUCGUCAAGUGCAAUGACUUGUCUUUCAAUUUGCAAUGCUGUGUUGCUGAAAAUGAAGAGGGACCCACUACAAAUGUUGAGCCUUUCUUUGUUACUCUCUCCCUGUUUGACAUAAAAUACAACCGAAAGAUUUCUGCUGAUUUCCACGUGGACCUGAACCACUUCUCGGUGCGGCAGAUGUUGGCCCCCACGUCCCCGGUGCUGAUGAAUGGUGGCGGGCAGAGCUCGCCCGCCUUACAGGACAUCCUCCACGAAGCUGCCAUGCAGUACCCAAAGCAGGGAAUCUUCUCAGUCACAUGUCCUCAUCCAGACAUCUUUCUUGUGGCUAGAAUUGAAAAAGUCCUCCAGGGAAGCAUCACGCACGGUGCUGAGCCAUACAUGAGGAGCUCCGACUCUUCCAAGGUUGCUCAGAAGGUGCUGAAGAACGCUAAGCAGGCAUGCCAAAGACUUGGACAGUACAGGAUGCCUUUUGCUUGGGCGGCAAGGACGUUGUUUAAGGAUGCAUCUGGAAACCUGGACAAAAAUGCCAGAUUUUCUGCUCUCUACAAACAAGACAGCAAUAAACUCUCCAACGAGGACAUGCUGAAGCUGCUGGCAGACUUCCGAAAACCUGAGAAGAUGGCUAAACUCCCAGUAAUUCUGGGCAAUCUAGACAUUACCAUCGACAAUGUUUCCUCAGACUUCCCCAAUUAUGUCAAUUCAUCAUACAUCCCCAUGAAGCAAUUUGAAACCUGUAGUAAAACUCCGAUCACAUUUGAAGUUGAGGAGUUUGUGCCCUGCAUCCCAAAACACACCCAGCCUUACACCAUCUACAACAACCACCUUUAUGUCUAUCCGAAGUACUUGAAAUACGACAGUCAGAAGUCUUUUGCCAAGGCCAGAAAUAUUGCUGUUUGCAUUGAAUUCAAAGAUUCCGAUGAGGAAGACUCUCAGCCUCUGAAGUGCAUUUACGGCCGACCUGGCGGGCCGGUCUUCACAAGAAGCGCCUUUGCUGCUGUCCUGCACCAUCACCAAAACCCAGAAUUUUAUGAUGAGAUUAAAAUAGAGCUGCCCACCCAGCUGCAUGAGCGGCACCACCUGCUCUUCACCUUCUUCCACGUCAGCUGUGAUAACUCCAGCAAAGGGAGCACCAAGAAGAAGGAUGUGGUUGAGACGCAAGUUGGCUACUCCUGGCUCCCCCUCCUGAAGGAUGGCCGGGUGGUGACAAACGAGCAGCACAUCCCUGUCUCUGCUAACCUCCCAGCUGGCUACCUCGGCUACCAGGAGCUGGGCAUGGGCAGGCAUUAUGGCCCAGAAAUUAAAUGGGUCGAUGGAAGCAAGCCACUGCUGAAAGUUUCAACUCACCUGGUUUCCACUGUGUAUACUCAGGAUCAGCAUUUACACAAUUUUUUCCAGUACUGUCAGAAAACCGAAUCGGGGGCCCAAGCCUCGGGGAAUGAACUUGUAAAAUACCUUAAGAGCCUGCAUGCAAUGGAAGGCCAUGUGAUGAUCGCUUUCUUGCCCACCAUCCUGAACCAGCUGUUCCGCGUCCUCACCAGGGCCACCCAGGAGGAAGUGGCCGUCAAUGUCACACGGGUCAUCAUCCACGUGGUGGCCCAGUGCCAUGAGGAAGGACUGGAGAGCCACUUGCGGUCGUAUGUUAAGUAUGCAUAUAAGGCUGAGCCUUACGUUGCUUCUGAAUAUAAGACGGUGCAUGAAGAACUGACCAAGUCCAUGACCAUGAUUCUCAAGCCUUCCGCUGAUUUUCUCACCAGCAACAAACUACUGAAGUACUCGUGGUUUUUCUUUGAUGUCUUGAUAAAAUCCAUGGCUCAGCAUUUGAUCGAGAACGCCAAAGUUAAGCUGCUACGGAACCAGAGAUUUCCGGCGUCCUAUCACCACGCAGUGGAGACAGUCGUGAACAUGCUUAUGCCACACAUCACUCAGAAGUUUCGAGAUAACCCAGAGGCAUCUAAGAAUGCAAAUCACAGUCUGGCUGUGUUCAUCAAGAGAUGUUUCACCUUCAUGGAUAGGGGCUUCGUCUUCAAGCAGAUCAAUAACUACAUCAGCUGCUUUGCUCCUGGGGACCCAAAGACCCUCUUUGAGUACAAGUUUGAAUUUCUCCGCGUGGUGUGUAAUCACGAACAUUAUAUACCUUUGAAUUUGCCAAUGCCUUUUGGAAAAGGCAGGGUUCAAAGAUACCAAGAUCUCCAGCUUGACUACUCACUGACGGAUGAGUUCUGCAGAAACCACUUCUUGGUGGGACUGUUACUGAGGGAAGUGGGGACUGCCCUCCAGGAGUUCCGGGACGUCCGGCUGAUCGCCAUCAGUGUGCUGAAGAACCUGCUGAUAAAGCAUUCUUUUGAUGACCGAUAUGCUUCAAGGAGCCAUCAGGCCAGGAUUGCCACCCUCUACCUGCCUCUCUUCGGUCUGCUGAUUGAAAAUGUGCAGAGAAUCAACGUGAAGGAUGUCUCUCCUUUCCCUGUGAACCCUGGCAGUACCGUGAAGGAGGAGUCGCUCACGUUGCCAGCUGCGAACCCGUUAGUGACGCCGCAGAAGUCGGGGGGCACGCUGGAUGGCAGCCUGCACAAGGAGGUCUUCGGCGCCAUCUCCGGGAUGGCUUCUCCAUAUAUGACGUCAACUCCCAACAUCAAUAGUGUGAGAAAUGCUGAUUCAAGAGGAUCCCUUAUAAGCACAGAUUCGGGGAACAGCCUACCAGAAAGGAAUAGUGAGAAAAGCAAUUCCCUGGAUAAGCACCAACAAAGUGGCAGUUUGGGAAAUUCUGUGGUUCGCUGUGACAAACUUGAUCAGUCUGAGAUCAAGAGCCUGCUGAUGUGUUUCCUCUACAUCUUAAAAAGCAUGUCUGAUGAUGCUUUGUUUACAUAUUGGAACAAGGCUUCAACAUCCGAACUUAUGGAUUUUUUUACAAUAUCUGAAGUCUGUCUGCACCAGUUCCAGUACAUGGGGAAGCGGUACAUCGCCAGGAACCAGGAGGGGUUGGGACCCAUAGUUCAUGAUCGAAAGUCUCAGACAUUGCCUGUUUCCCGUAACAGAGCAGGAACGAUGCAUGCCAGAUUGCAGCAGCUGGGCAGCCUGGAUAACUCUCUCACUUUUAACCACAGCUACGGUCACUCGGACGCGGACGUUCUCCACCAGUCCUUGCUGGAGGCCAACAUCGCCACGGAGGUCUGCCUCACAGCCCUGGACACGCUCUCCCUCUUCACGCUGGCCUUCAAGAACCAGCUCCUGACUGACCAUGGACACAAUCCUCUCAUGAAAAAGGUUUUUGACGUCUACCUGUGUUUUCUUCAGAAACAUCAGUCCGAAACGGCUCUAAAAAAUGUGUUCACAGCUUUAAGGUCGUUAAUUUAUAAGUUUCCCUCGACCUUCUAUGAAGGGCGGGCUGACAUGUGCUCAGCCCUGUGCUAUGAGAUCCUCAAGUACUGCAACUCCAAGCUGAGCUCCAUCAGAACCGAGGCCUCGCAGCUGCUCUACUUCCUGAUGAGGAACAAUUUCGACUACACCGGGAAGAAGUCCUUUGUGCGGACACACCUGCAGGUCAUUAUUUCCGUCAGCCAGCUGAUCGCGGACGUGGUUGGCAUCGGGGGGACCAGGUUCCAGCAGUCCUUGUCGAUCAUCAACAACUGUGCCAACAGCGACAGGCUCAUCAAGCACACCAGCUUCUCCUCGGACGUGAAGGACCUGACCAAGCGGAUCCGCACGGUGCUCAUGGCCACCGCGCAGAUGAAGGAGCACGAGAAUGACCCGGAGAUGCUGGUGGACCUCCAGUACAGCCUGGCCAAGUCCUACGCCAGCACCCCCGAGCUCAGGAAGACGUGGCUGGACAGCAUGGCCCGGAUCCACGUCAAGAAUGGCGAUCUAUCUGAGGCGGCAAUGUGCUACGUCCACGUCACAGCCCUGGUGGCAGAAUAUCUCACACGGAAAGAAGCAGAAGUAGCCCUCCAGCGGGAGUCGCCCCACUACCCCUACAGCCUCAGCACCUGCCCAAGGAGGAGCCGGGGAGGCAUGUUCAGACAAGGAUGCUCAGCCUUCAGGGUGAUCACCCCCAACAUAGACGAGGAGGCCUCCAUGAUGGAGGACGUGGGGAUGCAGGACGUCCACUUCAACGAGGAUGUGCUCAUGGAGCUGCUGGAACAGUGCGCGGACGGGCUCUGGAAGGCUGAACGCUACGAGCUGAUCGCCGACAUCUAUAAGCUCAUCAUCCCCAUUUAUGAGAAGCGGAGGGACUUUGAGAGGCUGGCUCACCUGUAUGACACCCUCCACCGGGCCUACAGCAAGGUGACCGAGGUCAUGCACUCAGGACGCAGGCUUCUGGGCACAUACUUCCGAGUGGCCUUCUUCGGACAGGGAUUCUUUGAAGAUGAAGAUGGAAAGGAGUAUAUUUACAAAGAACCCAAACUCACGCCUUUGUCAGAAAUUUCUCAGAGACUCCUUAAACUUUACUCAGCUAAAUUUGGUUCUGAAAAUGUCAAAAUGAUACAGGAUUCUGGCAAGGUCAACCCCAAGGAUCUGGAUUCCAAGUAUGCGUAUAUCCAGGUGACUCACGUGACCCCAUUCUUUGAUGAAAAAGAAUUGCAAGAAAGGAAAACAGAGUUCGAAAGAUGCCAUAACAUCCGCCGUUUCAUGUUUGAGAUGCCCUUCACUCAGACUGGCAAGCGGCAGGGCGGGGUGGAGGAGCAGUGCAAGCGGAGGACCAUCCUCACAGCUAUACACUGUUUCCCAUACGUGAAGAAGAGGAUCCCCGUCAUGUACCAACAUCACACCGACCUGAACCCCAUCGAGGUAGCCAUCGACGAGAUGAGCAAGAAGGUGGCCGAGCUCCGGCAGCUGUGCUCCUCGGCCGAGGUGGACAUGAUCAAACUCCAGCUCAAACUCCAGGGCAGCGUGAGUGUUCAGGUCAACGCUGGUCCCCUCGCCUAUGCCCGGGCUUUCUUAGAUGACACAAACACGAAAAGGUAUCCUGACAACAAAGUGAAGUUACUCAAAGAAGUUUUCAGGCAAUUCGUGGAGGCUUGCGGUCAAGCCUUAGCCGUCAAUGAACGUCUGAUUAAAGAAGACCAGCUAGAAUAUCAGGAAGAAAUGAAGGCCAACUACAGGGAAAUGGCAAAGGAGCUUUCUGAGAUCAUGCACGAGCAGAUUUGCCCCCUGGAGGAGAAGACCAGCGUGUUACCGAACUCCCUUCACAUCUUCAACGCCAUCAGUGGGACUCCGACCAGCACCAUGGUGCAUGGAAUGACCAGCUCCUCCUCGGUCGUGUGAUGUCACCUCAUGGACUGGAUGUGGGGGAUGCUUUGUCAUUUGCAAACUCAGGUUGAUUUCCAGAGCUCAUCACUGGCUCGUGCAAGACACGGGGAAGACCAAGCAGCAGACCGGGCCGUCAAGGGGUGUGGGAGAGAAAGGGAAUAAAGAACUGGGUUAUUUCGUAGCAGAUUUUCUAGAAGAGUCCUAAGAGGGUGCACAUAUUUUUUUAAAUCUCACUGGCAAUAUUCAAAUUUUUCAUGCUGUCUUAACAGAAGCAUGUGGUGGACACUAAGGCUGCAGUUAAAUUUUAUUCUUCUUUACAGAGUAGUAUUACAGUAAAUGGCCUCGAGUCAACAAAUGUUCUGGGAUGUACAUAGCAGGGAUCGUAGCACUGAAAUUGAGCCUGGGGUGACCUUUUGCCUCUAGGCUGAGCUGGAAAACCUUGAAAAUAUUUUUUUUUCCUGUGGCACAUUCAGGUUGAAUACAAGAACUAUUUUUGUGACUAGUUUUUGAUGAUCUAAGGGAACUGACCAUUGUAAUUUUUGUACCAGUGAACCAGGAGGUUAAGUGCUUUUAUACUCAUUUACUUGCAUUUAAAAUAUAUGAAAGUGGAAGAAACAUAGGUGAGCUUCAAACUAGUCAAACAGUUUAGAACCAAAGGCCUGUAUUAAUAAACAACUAUGCUAAAACUUUUCAAGUAGUGCAGUAUACAGUGAUGUACAUAGAGUUUGUUAAUAAAGUCUCAGCCCUCUGUACAUAUGUGUCACAUUUCUACAUUUUUAAUACUCACAUCAGCUUCUGCAUUAAGUUUAAUUGUGACAGAUUUGUGCUGUUCGUAGUCUCUGCGACACACUCGAUUCACUGUUUUAUUCUUGUACAUAAAACGUGCAAUAUGGAGAUGUAUACAGUCUUUGCUAUGUUGGGUUUAUAAACUGUUUUAAAAUUUUCAUCCUUUUGCCAAAGUGGUAGAGUAUGUAAUUGGUAAAUCAUAAAUCCUGUGGUGAAUAGUGGUGUCCUUCACAGCCUUCACCAUGUUAUAUUUUCUUUGGAGACAUUAAUUAAGUAAUUUUAUAUUGGGGAAAAUAAAGGUUUUUAAUUUUAUUUAACUAGAACCUCUGCCCUGCUGUAAUUAAACAUUCUGUACCACAACUGUAUUAAAAAUAACAUUGCUGA